AUGUCCAUCGACAACAAGCCGCCGACCCAGAACCCGGGGCCGAACCCUCACCACCGCGACGAGAGCGAGGACUCGACCGGUUCCACCCCGGAGAGGGAGCAGGCUCCUCCCAUGACCGCCGGCAGCGGCAGCAACAUCAUCAACGUCUCGCAGGACGGCCAGCAGCCCAAGCGGAAGGGUGGCCGCAAGCCAAUAUAUGCAACCUCCGAGGAGCGCAAACAACGCAACAGACAAGCCCAAGCCGCCUUCCGCGAACGACGGACCGAAUAUAUCAAGCAGCUCGAGGAGACUAUCCGCGUCCAUGAGUCCAACUUGCACAACCUGCAGGCGGCGCACCGCACCGCCGCCGAAGAAUGCUUGAUGCUCCGAUACAAGAACUCGCUCCUCGAGCGCAUCCUCCUUGAGAAGGGCAUCGAUGUUCAAGCCGAGCUUCAGGCCAAAACCGGCAGCCCCAACCUGGCACCCACUCAUAUGCCACAGAACCUGGUGCAGCCACCUCCCCUUCAACGUACCAUGAUGCACCGGCACCACGCGCGCAAGUCUACUUCCAGCAUUGCUCCCAAGACCGAACCAGGCACUGGUCUGCCUCCGCCCUUGCAGACUCACAAGACUGCGCCGUCACCAAAGAACCGACCAGCUCCCUCUUCUCACUCCAACUCCCCCAGCAUGGCCAGCUCCGCCUUUUCUCCCGCAGCCUCCGACACCAUGUCCAUGAGAGGGUCUAUUUCUGGGAUGCCUCGUCAGCAGAUGACUCCCAUUUCCGUCGCCACUCCGUCGUCGAGACAGCCAAUGAUGCAACCGGGGUCGCGGGGAGCUAUGAACUCUGGCGCAUCAUUCUAUCCGACGCCGUCAUUCCAGAACCACAUUGAGCAACUUGGUAAGAUGGAUAGGCCUCGCUGGAGGCGUGUUGAUGCGCAAGAAUACGAAGCCGAUAUGGUCGAAGACUCCGAGAUUGAGACGCCCAGUGGCCCGGGCCCAUACCCAGGCGGCUUCAACGGGGAACAGCAACCAAUGCUCCUUUCGCCGGCCUCCACCGGACCCGGACACCAGGUGACUACGGGUUCUCAGUAUCCCUCGAUGACGCAGUUGUUGGACCAGCAACCCGACUGGGAUCCGUUUGGGCUCAGUGCCAGCAUGGCUUUCCCCAACCAGCCGUUUCAGUUUGACCAGACUCACAUGAGGUGA